CCGAACUGCUUGUCCGGCGAGGGUGGUAUAUAUUAGCUGGGAUGAAGAGGACUAGCGGUUCAAGAAGCCUGGGAAAGUAUGGAAUACGAAAGAGGGAAGGGUCGGUGGGGGGAGAGGAAAAGUGAAGCUUACCCAAUGAACCUCGAGGUGCUCGUUCAGUUGGUCAGUAUCUUUGAUACUGGGAAGGCAUUGAGUCGUCAAGCUAAUCUUCACUACAUGGCCACUAGCCAAAAUCCAAAACGGAAUUUGAGCCCUGGAUUCAUAAUUUUUCUUUGCGGUGAUGAAUUUCGACCGUAUCCCGGAUCGUGUUGAUCUCGAACAUGCAGUCCUUUUGCUGGCGAAAGUUUAUUCCAACUUUGACACCACGUCAGAUCACGGUGUGACGCACAGUGUCUUGCAGAUCCUCAACCGUUGUAAAUUACCCAAAAUUAAACCAGUUCCCGUCAAUCAACAAAAUGAAGCUUACAGGCAGGCGGCGUCCAAACUGCAUUUGCAGAUGUGGCAUCUCCUGCAGUCCGGAUGUAACCCGCUGCGAAAACUCACAUUCAGAAUCGAUUACAUGGGUUUGACGUCAUUUGGAAUGGAGAAACAAAUUCAAAAGGAAGUAAUAAAAAUAUUGCGCGUGUUGAAGCGAAUCAAAGAGGCAAUGAAAAAGUUGAAAAGGACUCCAUGGGAAACUUGUUACAUUGAAGAAAGUUUGAAAACCAUUCGUACAUCUCUCUUCCGUCAACUUUCACGGGACAACUCUCUAGUUUGGCAAGAUAAUUUACCAAUUCCUAUUUUUGGAGAGCCAGACUACAUUUCUGAUACGACUCUCCUCGUUGAAUCUACCGAUGCUAGAGGAACUAGUGAUGACAGUGGAGGUAUUGACGCUGACAGAUGCGCUUGCAGAGCAAAAUUAGAAAAACUGAAUUUGACAGUCAUGAAUUGCUGUCCUCACCUUGUGCGUUCCUCAUCUAGGACCACAUUAGCUUUUCCUGACGAUUCGACAAGUAACUUCAAAACAGUGACCCAACAACCCCGUAGAGAGUGGCCAAAGUGUCGAGACGCUGGCACCCUAGUGUCCUCCUCCAACCUCGUCCACUUCAGGUCACGUCUCGCCUUGAGGUCCAGAGUUCGUAAGGUCUUCAGAUCGGUCAAGAUGUCCUUAUCAAACGUGCAGAGUUACAUCUCUCGUCCUGCAUAGUCUCCAUUAGUGUCAUUAGCUACUCGCUUAGUUGCCUCGAGUUGUGACGACUGCAACUUGAUAUUUUACGGAAGGUUUUUAAGCAAAGUAAGUUUCGAUCUGUAAUUACAGUAGGAAAAUUAGAGAAAUGAACUGUAGCUUGAAUACAUAAGACUAUCGGCAACCAAUCCACUCGCCGCUCAUGCAUUUUACUUUAGACGAGUGAUCAAGUAGUCCUUCUGAAACCUAUAUUUAGGAAUUCAUUUGAACGCAGAGUUCACUAAGUAAGAAUUAGUUUAAUGUAUGUAAAGAGUGUCGUAAUAAAUUUUGAACUCGUAA